GUUCCGCUUCUCACAGACGCGAGCGAGCGAUGAUUGAUCUGAGUCGUGCUUGGCUAGAUUUUGCACUCUGUCCGGAGCUGGUGGUGGUUACAGGGGGCUGGCAGUGGUAGAGUGUGGUGGGCGUGCAGGCAUGUUUACUGUUCGCAGUGGGUCUCUUUUCUCAUGUCCGUGUCGCUGAGCUCUCCGCGUUCUGUCGCUCUCGCCCACACCGUCCUCUACCACUGCUGCCCCUGCCUCACUGUCCACCCGGAGAAACGGGGCGCGUGCUGGAAGUGUUACAGACCCGAAGAAAUCCCUGUAGAAGCUAAAGCUGAAAUGGGUCGCAAGGAGGCUGAUUAUGACUGGAAGAAGAGCACUGACAACAUCCAAGAUGUGUUCGACUUCAUGGAAGUGUUGGGCUCGGGAGCAUUCUCUGAGGUCUUCAUGGUGAAGGAGAGAAAAACAGGCAAGCUUUUUGCCAUGAAGUGUGUAAAGAAGAAGAACAAAAGGGACAUUAACUUGGAGAACGAGAUUGCUGUGUUAAGGAGGAUCAAACAUGAGAAUGUUGUGGGGUUGGAGGAUUUCUAUGAAAGCCGAACCCAUUACUACCUUGUAAUGCAGCUUGUUUCAGGUGGUGAACUGUUCGACCGGAUUUUGGACCGGGGCAUGUACUCAGAGAUGGAUGCUAGCCUGGUGAUCAGACAAGUCCUGGAAGCAGUGAAUUACUUGCACAAGAGUGGCAUAGUUCACCGUGACCUCAAGCCCGAGAACUUGCUGUACUACAGUCAAGAUGAAAACUCCAAGAUAAUGAUCAGCGACUUUGGUCUAUCCAAGAUGGAGGACAAUGGCAUCAUGUCCACUGCAUGUGGUACUCCAGGCUACGUGGCUCCUGAAGUGUUGGCUCAGAAACCCUACAGCAAAGCAGUAGACUGCUGGUCUAUUGGAGUCAUCACUUACAUCCUCCUCUGUGGAUAUCCCCCUUUCUAUGAAGACACUGAGACUCGUCUUUUCUCUAAGAUUAUGAAAGCACAGUAUGAAUUUGACUCGCCUUUCUGGGAUGACAUCUCAGAGUCUGCGAAGGAUUUUAUCCGCAACAUGAUGCAGAAGAAUCCUAAACUGCGCUACACAACAGAUCAAGCCCUGAGACAUCCUUGGAUCAUUGGAAAGACUGCCCGGAGCCAGGACAUCUACCAGUCCGUCAGUGUGCAGAUCCAGAAGAACUUUGCCAAGUCCAAGUGGAAGCAAGCCUUCAAUGCUACAGUGGCCAUCAACCACAUGAAGAAGCUCCAGCUUGCUCAUUAUGAGGCCUCUGUCAAACAGAGCCAGGCUCUGACUCAACUGCCUGAUAUUACAGUCUCCUCCACAUCCAGCCCUGAAGCACUACGCAAGAGCUUGGUACCCGAGACUCCUGAGCCCAACAGCAACCUGCCCAUGCACCACAUGACAGUUCCAACUGUUCCCACGGACACAAAGUUUUUGUACCAGCCGCCCAAGGUCUGCCACAGGGAGACUGCCCAUGCCGGAACACUCACAGUGGCUGAGAAGGGCAAGCAUGUGUACCACUCCGAACCAGCUAAUCUAAAUGGGUAUGGAAAGAGAGGCACCAGCCGCAGUGGUGAGAAAUUUCAGACCGGUGUCUGCUCUGUAAUGUGACUGACCAUGGCAGCACUAUGAGGCGAAUUUAAUAGGUCUGUGACCUUUGUCAGCCACUGGCUGCUUGGUGCGGGCGCGUACUGCUCUGAGCUCUAGAGGGCUGUGAUCCUUGACACGACAGCUGACCUGUUGCCUGUUGACUGCACCAUUCUGACAAUACUGAGGAUCAGAGGAGUGCCUCCAUAUCUCUGCACACACACACACACACACACACACAUACACUUAUUAAUACUCAGUAUCAACAUUAAAUGCAACAAGGUGCUUAGUCAUCUCUUGAACAUUUGUGUUUUACUAUGAGCAGCCAGUUCCUCACAGCUGAUAUAACUGCAGCUCCCUGUAUUAUGUGUAUGAACGUUAUUCUGGUUUGUGUGCUUCAUAUUACCUUGAGAGUAUUGGUGACUUUAAAAGAUUUCCUCUUUAAUAUCCACUAGAGCCUGUGAUGGUGUGCAGUGUACAUGUUGCUAUAUUUUAUCUUAAAUGAAGCACCCUCUUGGCUUGUGCAGUCAUAUGUAAAGGUUUGGGCACCCCUGGUUAAAUGACAGUGUUUUGCACUGCACAUUUUGCUUCUGCACAAUUCUGAACAAAAUAAAACAUUAAAUGUGGCCUGUCCAAAAAUAUUGGCAUAUUUUAUGUUUUGUUUUAUUUUUUCCAAUAUGUUAAAUUUAGCAAAUAAAUAUACAAGUUAUGCACAAAAAAUUACCACAAAAUACUACAUUUGAUGGUGUUCCCUGUAGCGGGAACUCUUUUUCACAUAGAAAACCCACAAAACAUGCAAUUUGACUGGGGGUGUUCAAACUUUUGCAUUUGACAGUAUGUGUAAAGCACUCAGUACUAGGAAAAUCCAACUCAAGACUGCAAAAGGUUGGCAUUAUAUCAGAGAUUUAGGAAGACAAGUUGGAGGUUUUCUGUCUGUUAUUUUACUUUAGAGCCGAGGUUUAUUUUUGUAAUACAUAUAUAAAUAAUAUGCACAUGCACACGGCUGUAUUUUGUUUUACAAAAUGUAUAUUUAAAAAAACAUAUCCAGCACCUCUUACCCACCACAAUAAAAGAAUGUCUUUCCUUCUUUAAUGUACUGAUUUGCCAAUGCACCUGACACUCCUAAAGUGUGGGUUUGUUGUAAAUAAGUUUGUUAAUGAUCAUCUAUUAUCUUGUGUGAGAUUACUAUCAGUUAUGAAUAAGUGUCCUCUUUCUCGCAGACAGAGUUGUGUAGACUGCUCCAAUACAUGUGCAAAACAUACUGUAUACCCUUUACAAAUAAAGAAAAAAAUACAUUUCCAA